AUGGAGGGUGAUCUUACAUCGGAGCACAUGGAGCAGCUAAUAGCGGAUGGAAUGGCAGGCGGUACUAGUGAUCAGCGUUGCGGUCGCGGUGGCGCUUCAGAAGACAAGCGUCUCUCUGGGGCCACAGACGACUCUGCAGUCCACGUUGACGUAGACGGAGCGGACGUGGCAGCGUCCGACGAGGAGGCGUUCAACGCGAGCAGUGGUUGUGAUUGUGUAGAGGAAUGCACAGGGGGUGACACUAUCGAGUUCCAGGUCACCUUCCGCGGGCAGCGCGUUCCCUUGCGCAUGCACCCGCGCUCCCCGCUGCUUGCGCUCUCCGCGUGCCUGUGCGCGAAACUGGCGGUCGAUCCCGCCACGCUGAAGCUCAUGGUCCGCGCGCGCGCGCACUUGUCACAAUUCCGCGACCCCAGCCACGACGCUGCGACGGCGUCUGCUGCCAAGUCGCAGGCGACGCCGUCCCUCCUGCGACUGAGCGACCCACCCGUCCAUCACCGCGCGCUCAGCGACGCGGGAAUCGCGCACGGCUCGCAGAUCACGCUGCUGGCUUCCACCGUCGCUGACGUGGCGGCGAUGUCCGCGCUACAGGCGGGCCCGCAGGCCGCCGCGUCGCAGCGCGUGAUUGGAUUCGAGGAGGAGAUCGAGCGGGCCAUACGGCGCGGCGCGGCGGACGUAAGCGGGGGAAGCGAGCAUGUCAGGAAGGAGGGUGUUGCUCUGCCCAAGGGCCCUUACACCUUCCACGACUUCCGCACGUGGCAGCUUCCUGGAAGCGAGAUGCGCCCUCCUGUGUCUGAGGCGUUGGCAUUGCUGCACCGCCUAGCAGCCGACCCGGGGAUAGUGGCCGUCAUGCACAAGCACCGCUGGUCUGUGCGCUUAUUGAGUGAGUUGCCUCCAGAGGGACUCGUGGGAGUGUCGCCCGUGUGCCUGCUGGGCUUCAACAAGAACCGCGGAGAGGAGGUGUGUCUGCGGCUGCGUACGGACGACCUCAGGGGCUUCCGCAAGUACCUCGCCAUCCGCCGCACCCUCAUUCACGAACUCGCGCACAUGGAGGUGGACGAGCACAACGCGCAGUUCAAAGCACUCGAUAGCCAGUUGAGCAAAGAGGUGGAGGCGUCAGACUGGACUCGCUCCGCCUCGCACUCUACAGCUGCCUCCACCUCCGCCGCCUCCCCCUCCCUCGCUCACCUUCUCUCCAACCCGCCUCCCUCGUCCUCGCAUUCGCGCGGCUCUACUGCUGCGCCUCGCACUCUGCUGCCCUUGGUACCAGUGGCACCAGCAGCUGCAGCGGCGGCGGCAGCAGCAGAGGCGAGAGCGCAGGCAGCACUUGCAGCGGCAGCAAGAGGAGGAGAAGUAGGAGCACCUGCAGCAGCACCAGCAGAUUCCACGAAAGGAAGGCCACAAUCAUCCGCAGCAGCAGCAGGAGAAGCAGAAGCAGGUGGCACAAGAGACGGGAAGAGGACGAGAGAGUCAGCGCAGGAAAGGACAAGAGAAGCCAGUCAUUGUGAGGAUACUGGGCGGCAGAGUGGGUGCGUGCCAGCGGAAGAUUCCUGUGCUACGCUAGAAUGUGAUCGUGCAGGGCAUACAGCGAGCACUCUGGUGCAGCCCUGGGUGCAAAGUGAUGCCACCAGUACCGGCAGCAGCAGGGAUGCAGGCAGUGAGCUUGGGAGUAAGGAUGGAGGUAGGAUUGAAGAUCGUGGUGCCGGUGGAGGUGGGAACACGAGUACAGCUACAGGAACAGAAGCAGCAGAUUUAGGGGCAGCAGCAGAAGCAGCGGCAGCAGGACCAGAGACAGCUGCUGCAGCAGCGGCGGCAGCAGCAGCGGGAGCACGAGUGGCAGCAGCAACAGCAGCAGCAGCAGAAGCAGGAGCAUCAGCAUCAGGGAAUGGAAGCAGUGGAGAGGAGGGCAUGGACAUGGCAAUAGCCAUAGGGGAGGAGGUGGCGCAUGUGCAUGCAGCAUCACAUGAGGCAUCACACAGGCUGGUGGCACUGAGGGAGCAGCUGCGGCAGGAGGUGCGGGACUCACAGGAGUUCCACACCGCUCUCACCACGCUCUCGCGCAUUGUCAACAACGCCAGACAACACCCCCAUGAUACCAAGUACCACCGCAUUAGACCAGCCAAUCCCAAGUUCCACAGCUUUGUCGGCAGGUUCACAGUGGCAGUGGCCAUUCUGGAGGCAGCAGGGUUCCGCAGGGUGAAGGAGAGUAGGGAUGCAGGAGGAAAUGCAUCUGAGGAAGUGCUACUGCUGCGCCGCUUUGACCCUGUGCUCUUGUGGCUCACAGCGGACGUGCUGGAGGCUGCUUCUUGA